AUGCAGCAGCCACUAGCUCCGAAUGUUUGGGAUGUUCAGCAGACGAGCUGGUCCAACAACGAUAUGCCACCCCGCGAAUGUGCCCGCGAGGACUCAAGUGUCUCCAACCCUAGACGAUGCUCUCAAUUUACCUUCCGUCACCUGAGCCAGAUGGCUUCAUGUAUCCCCUCUUCGCCUUUACGAGUCGUAGCACAUAUUGAUUUGGAUUGUUUUUAUGCUCAAGUUGAGAUGGUGAGACUCGGUAUCGCCGAAGAUACACCCUUUGCGGUGCAACAAUGGCAGGGUCUAAUUGCUGUCAACUACCCUGCGCGCAGUUAUGGGAUCGGCCGGCAUUGUACCAUUACUGAAGCGAAAAAGCUCUGUCCGAAGCUGAUCACCCAGCAUGUUGCUACCUGGAGAGAAGCAGACGGCAAAUGGGCCUAUCGUGAAGAUCCUCAAGUUGCGACCGAUAAGGUAUGUCUUGACCCUUAUCGGUCCGAGUCGAGGAAGAUUCUGGUCCUCAUUAAGGAACUACUCCCUCACGGCCUUCAGAGGGUGGAAAAGGCAAGUAUCGAUGAGGUGUUCCUGGACCUCUCUGCCCAUGUUCACGCCAUUUUGCUCGAACGCUUCCCUGAACUUCUUAGUCCCCAGCCACAUAGGGACUUGUCUGAGCUGCUCCCGCUUCCCCCUAUCUCUGAUCUGGACUGGCAAGCCGACACACUGGUCGACGCAGGAGAUUCUGAUAACAAAACGCUCGCAAUUCUCGACCCAGAUUGGGAUGAUGUGGCUUUUUAUGUGGCAUCUGGGAUUGUGCGGCAUCUUCGUUCGUCUAUCAAAGAGAAACUCGGCUACACAUGCUCCGCAGGAAUUGCAAGGAACAAGCUUCUUAGCAAGCUGGGUUCAAGCUAUAAGAAGCCUAACCAGCAAACCGUCAUACGGAAUCGGGCAGUUGCACAUUUUCUGUCUGGGGUGAAGUUCACUAAGAUCCGCAACCUUGGUGGCAAAUUAGGCGAACAAGUCAGCCGCGCCUUCAAUACCGAUUCGAUACCAGAUCUUCUCACUGUUCCUAUCGAGCAAAUGAAGGUGAAAUUGGGAGACGAAACCGCAAUCUGGUUAUAUAACACGCUUCGGGGCGUUGACAUGAGCGAGGUGAACCCUAGGAUCCAAAUCAAGUCGAUGUUGUCGGCCAAAUCCUUCCGACCUACCCUCACCACUAUUGACCAGGCCGUCAGAUGGUUGCGCAUCUUUGCCGCUGAUAUAUUUUCUCGGCUAGUCGAAGAAGGAGUCUUAGAACACAGACGCCAUCCAAAAACUAUCAACCUGCACUACCGUCCACUCGGCGGACAGGCCCGUUCACGCUCCUGUCCUAUCCCUCAAGGCCGCGCUUUGGAUGAUGGUACAUUAUUUGAUCUGGCAAAGACCCUCUUGACGCAUAUCGUUCAAGAUGGGAAUGUGUGGCCCUGCGCUGGCCUCAGCCUUAGCGUUGGCAGCUUCGAAGAUAGCGUUUCAGCCAUCGUCUGCGAGCACAAUCUGUUGAAGACGUAA